ACCUGAAGCAGUCUCGAAAGCCUCUUUGUCAUGUAAGUACGUUCGCCUGGCGAGUUCAAGUGUCUUUAAAAUGCUGUUUUUGUAUACUCUAUUGACACUGUUCUCUUAUCAAGUAUCGACUGUGGCUUGUUCCGAAAUGAAUGUCAAUGGCAGGAGCUUCUUGAGAUUCGAUUUGCUCGGCACAAAUACGUCUAUAGCUGGAGCGACUGAUACACUUAGUCUUCGCUUCAGGACCAUCGAGCCGCACGGUUUGUUAUUUUACGCUCAUGGUGUUGGAUACGUUUCGUUGGAGCUGUAUAAUUGUAAACUAAGAUACACCAUAAACAUGGGUCAAGAAUUCAUGUUCAUCUUUGGUGAUAAGCUUUGCGACAACCAAUGGCAUAGCGUUGUCAUAACACGUGACGUACAAAAACUUCGCGUGCGCCUAGACAAAGAGGCUCCAAGACUGGUGCCAAUAAAGAUGGCAAAACGUUUCAAUGCUCAACGCAUUCUCCGUAUUGACAUUAGAAUAUACGUCGGUGGGACGCAAAAAAAGACGAACGAAAUGAAAAAGACAAAACUGGUGGGAGGUUUUGUGGGUUGUAUAGCAGACGCCCUAUUCAACACGUAUAACGUAAUAUCUGAGGCUCGCUCUAAGCGAAGGGGAUUCACCGCAAUUGGUGAUGUGUCGUUUCGCUGCAAACCAACCGUAUAUUUUGAACCGUUCGGUUUCAAUAACGAUCGUGGUUUCUUGAAAUUUCCAACUGGCAAUCCUAACAGCUUUUCGGUCCAGUUGAGAUUUCGCACAUACGAUGAAAACGGUAUAUUAAUUCAUCGAGAGGGUUCCAAAAUAUCAGUUUGGGUUUACUUGCAAAAUGGCAAACUCAAGAUAGAUUUUUACAUUCCGAAGACGCCGUUGUUCAGUAUAAGCACAGACUCGUGGAUGCACAAUGUUAAUUUCAAUGACGGUGAAUGGCAUGCCGUUACUGCGUCAGUCAAUCUAACUAAAAUUACAUUUCGUGUCGAUAACGAAGCGCCGAGCGUCACCAGUGUUCAUGUCAACAAAUACGUCAACAGUUUGAAAUUUGAAAAUGUGACGUAUGUGGGUGGUGGCAUAUACUACAAGAAAAUGUUCGGUUUUGUUGGUUGUUUGAAGGAUUUAAAAGUGAAUGGCAUUGCUAUCCAAGCGAGAAAGUUAAGUAAGGAUGUUAAAGUGGCGAAUGUUCAGCUUGGCACUUGUGGAAUGCAAAGUUUAUGUCAUCCAAGCUCAUGUGAGCACAAAUCGCGCUGUGAGCAAAUCUCGAACAAUUUCACGUGUCAUUGUAAGAGAUUUUUUCGUGGUAGAUUCUGUGAAACGCCAUUAUUUCAAAGAACUUGUCAAGGAUACAAAAAAUUAGGGAUGAAACAAGAUGCCUACUGUACAAUAGAUCCCGAUGGUAAAGGUGAUCUUGCUGAAUUCAAGGUUCUAUGUAACAUGACUGGUGAUACAGAGGCCGUGACUGUUGUCAAUCACACGCGAAGCAUGCGUCCCAUUCAGAUAAGAGAUGAAGCGUACAGAUAUAGCUAUGCUAUGAAAAGUUGGGCUCACAAACUUGAUUACGGGGGAGUCGAUCUUGCAAACGUCCGUGCUAUGGUUGAAGAAAGUCGAUAUUGCCGGCAGUAUGUCAAGUUUAACUGCAUCAACACUAAGUUUCUUACACCACGUGACCGUAAUUUACCUGGUGCUUAUUGGGUUUCUCACGAUGGGAUGGAGCAUCGAUAUUGGGGAGGGUCAACAAAGGGAGCGGCCUGCGCUUGUGGUUCUACAAAAUCGUGUCAUAAUCCAGCAAAGAUGUGCAACUGUGAGACUGGCGAUGGUGUUUGGAGGCAAGAUGCGGGGUAUCUUACGAACAAAGACCAUUUACCCGUCGCUGCGUUGUUUUUUCCACUGUCCGCUGGAAGUUCAAACUUCACCGUGGGUCCGCUGGAAUGUUUUGGACGCAAGAAAACGCGGGCCCGCGCGAUUGAAAAAGAGAAAUUCUUUGGUGUCGCUUGUCAACCGCUCGUCACGACACGCCCCCCGUUGUUUCCAUGGCAAAAGAUCACGUCUACGGUUAAACCGACUCGGCCCCAGGCUCCAACAACGCAGAUGAUUUCGACAAAGAGGAAGACAACAAACAACUCAACAACAUAUAAGCCAACGACAACAUACCUUUCCCUAGGAUUAACACAGUCUACUUCGACGACUAAGGUCAUAAGCGACAGUUCUUUUGUGCCGGAAGAAAAUCCAAAUCCAUUAAUCGUGAAUGUCGCGAAUGUUGAAAGAAAUUCGGAAAAAACGAAAUUUUCUGAUUGGUGGUUGAUAUUGGUCGUUUCAACUGUUUCGCUUGUCAUGAUUGGCUCAAUUGUGCUCGCAGCUUUAGUUUAUCGAAAUAAGAAUAAAAAUGGCGUCUGGUUGAAAGGCUUAUUCGCGUUUAGCAAAGAGUCCAGAAUGCCAACGAUAGAAAUAUACCGGCAUUCCUUGCAGGUUGACACCCCAGAUAUUUUACACUUCGAUGAUUUCAAAAACUCUAAAGUUGUCGACGUCCAUCUUCUUAACGGUCGUUCGGCCACGAAGAAAAAGAAAACGGUCUCGUUCAAAGAUCAAUGCUGAAAUAUCGCUGCGGCAAUCAGCGAGAGAAUGUUUGAAUUUUCAACAUCACUUUCGGCGAUAGUUCACAUUAAUAUUUGAUUUUUAAGAGCACUCGUUCGAGUGACGAGAGGGCGUGUGAGCGCCUAGUGCAAUGUAAUCAUCGCUUGAGUCAUUCGAGCCUAAAAGUCUUGGAAUGUUUUCAAAUAAAACAGGCGUGCCGAGCAUUCCUAUAUACCGAACUGCGCCCUUACUGUAAUAUGACACUGGUAACUAAUAUAUCGCCCAUCUUGUUGUAAAUUUCCAUGAACUUCCUUUUCACUGAGAACACUUGCCUGGCUGUCAAGUGUUGGAGAUCGUUACAGAAACGUAAAGGAAAACUUUCAUGUGUAAUGUAUAAUGCACUUUGUAUAGAGAUUUGUAAUUUGGUUAUAAAUAGUCAUUUGUUAUAAUCACAACCUCCUGGACAUGAUA